CGGCGUUGGGGGGAGGCUCCGCUUGCGAGGGAGGGAGGAGCCUGGAACCGGAGCCAGAGCCACCCGUCGCCGGAUCAACAAGACAGGACAGGUUGAGGGGCGUCGGGGAAGGAAGAGGGGGUGCCCUCGGCUGUCCCGGGAAGCCCUGUCGCAGGAAGCUUGAUGCGCCGGGACUUGUAGGCUGUUCACAUUUGGGGACUGGUGGUAACGUGGGUGCUCUUCUCUCGGGGGGCUGGUUGGAUUGGAGGGCGUGGGAUCUAAACAAGCACCAGCUGUCCCCGAGGAAAUUAAGGGGCAACCAGGGGGGAAAAAACGGAUGCUCCUUAUUUCGAGGUGACAGAGGCCCUCCAGACAACCAUCUACCUGGUGUAUCCGCUGGGAACGGUGCAUUUGGAGGUGACUUCAAAAGGAGUGGGGGGUAGCAAGGUGAGGAAGGGGACUCAGCAGCUGGGAACCAUGUACCUCCAGAAAUGAGGGUGACUUGGUGAAAAAAAGGAAUUGUCCAGAGACAGGGUUUGGGAACCCCUCAUCGCUGAGCGGGAGACAGCCUGGGUUUUCCCAGACAUAGUUUGGGGGGGACUUCACUGGAAAAAAGUGGGGGGACCCACUUAGAAGGUGGCAAAGACACCUGACAUUGGCAGUGCCCCAGUAGGGAUGAGUCAAAGCUAAGGACCCACACCCUUUAGAUUACAAGAGUGGAUGUGGCAAGAGUCCGGGUCCCCAAAAUAGAGUGGGAAGGUGCCCCGGGGGGUAUUGGAACCACAUCUUGGAAAUGUUGAGGGUCUUGACUUUGGGAUAAGGGAAGAGGGAAGAGGGACACUGGAGAACAGGGAAGGGGGUAGUUUUCAGUAGGAGGCAAAAGUCGAGGGUGAGGUCAGCAGAGAUACAUAGACCGCUGGGUCCAGUGGGGCUAGCACGGGGCUCAAGGGUGGGAGCUGGCGGCUGAGGGGCAGGAGGGCCUGGGGCUUAUCCUCAGGUCCAGUGGGUGGGGCGGUGAGUUGGGACCCCAGCGUCAAGAGCAUGCCCCGGUGAGCAGGCUGCGGGCGCCUGCCGGUUUGGGGGUGCCUCCUCCCGGGGCGCCAUGGCGGCACUGGCCAGUAGCCUGAUCCGGCAGAAGCGAGAGGUCCGCGAGCCCGGGGGCAGCCGGCCCGUGUCGGCGCAGCGGCGCGUGUGUCCCCGCGGCACCAAGUCCCUUUGCCAGAAGCAGCUCGUCAUCCUUCUGUCCAAGGUGCGACUGUGCGGGGGGCGGCCCUCGCGGCCGGACCGCGGCCCUGAGCCUCAGCUCAAAGGCAUCGUCACCAAAUUGUUCUGCCGCCAGGGUUUCUACCUCCAGGCGAAUCCUGACGGGAGCAUCCAGGGCACCCCGGAGGACACCAGCUCUUUCACCCACUUCAACCUGAUCCCCGUGGGGCUCCGUGUGGUCACCAUCCAGAGUGCCAUGCUGGGUCACUAUGUGGCCAUGAACGCUGAGGGGCUGCUCUACAGCUCGCCGCAUUUCACAGCCGAAUGUCGCUUUAAAGAAUGUGUCUUCGAGAAUUACUACGUCCUGUACGCCUCUGCUCUCUACCGCCAGCGCCGCUCUGGCCGGGCCUGGUACCUGGGCCUGGACAAAGAGGGCCGAGUCAUGAAGGGAAAUCGAGUCAAGAAGACCAAGGCAGCGGCCCACUUUGUGCCCAAGCUCCUGGAAGUGGCCAUGUACCGGGAGCCUUCUCUCCACAGUGUCCCUGAGACCUCCCCUUCCAGUCCCCCUGCCUCCUGAAAUGUAGUCCGUGGACUGGAGGCUCCCCGCACUGGCACUGAGCCGGCCAUGGCCACAGCCUGUCUCCCAGCCCUGCUCCCGGCCCUCACCCCUGCCGCCACACUCAUACCCUGAGCAGCCCAGGUCCCACCAGGUGCUCGAUCCUAAGGAAGCCAAGGGGCUCGCUGGGAUUCCCCAGGCUUCCCGCUCCUCGGACCUGGGAGUUCAGAGAGGGGGAGGCUGAAAAUGGUCCUGGCUGGUCCCUUCUUUCCUUCCACACUCACAGCCCCCCCAAAGCCUUUUCUCAAGAAGGCGCUGGGGUUCCCAAAGUGACAGAACCAGGACAUAAAACUCCCCACCCCGGGCUCAGCCAGUUACUGGAGCCCUCUGCCUUUUUCUUUGCCACUGAGCUAUAGAUUUAUAGGCCUACUGGAGCUCAGGAUUAGUUUCCUUUUUUCCCUACUCCACCUUCUGCGUUGUUCGGGACAGGUUCUGGAACAUCAGGCACCCUAGCCAGGGCCCUUUUUGCACUCAGGCUCUGGGCUGGAAGGCUGGCAUGCUGCAGGCUCGGUUCUGACUCCAUCAGGCUUCUGUCCUUGACCCAGAGGGACACCUGGUUUCCAAGUAGAGAGAGGCUGGGUUUGGGCCCUGUCCAGCUGCUGGCCUUGACCUGAACUAGGACCCAUCUCAGAACACCACAGUUUUAACUUUCUUAUCCCAAAGACACCCACUGCUAGAGCACGGUGUGGGGCCAUACUUUCUCCUGAAUCUCAGCUCUAGGACACAGACCAGGACUCAGCCCUUUCCUCCAGGAUGGAAGCCAGGCUGACUAGCCAUAUUAAUGGUCCUGUAGAGAAAGUUCUAGACCCACCCUCCUACCUUCUCUAGUAACGUGCUUUUUGGGGAAUCAAGAAACACGCCUUGUUUUUCCUAGGUUUUCUAAAAAUCUGAUUCUUCCUAUAGAAUGCUAACCUUAUUUAUAGCUGCAGUUUCUAGCCCCUGCAAUUCAGCUAAGGCCCUGUCGGGGGAAACGGGCUGAGGAAGGGCAAAGGAGUUUGGGCAGGAGUCCUUGGCUCUAGUAGGGAAGUUGGGAUGGGCAGGGCACGAAAACCAUGGCAUGUUUGGGCUGUGCUUGGGUUGGGGGUGGGGGGGACAUGAACACUUAGCUACCUCAGCAGGAAUUCCUUCUAGGUCCCCUUUAAAGCUGAGGUCUUUAGGGUAAUGAGUCUAGAAUAAAAAGGGUAAGAGGAGGGACACAGCCUUGAUCACCCAGUGCAGAGACCCCAAUUCAGCAGUAAGUUCCAGCCCACUCCUCUAUAAAUCCGGCCAAGGAGGGCGAGGGCCUCUUGGGGCUCUAGACCUCAUUACCCCCAGAGCUUCUAACUGGAUAGAACUCGCUUAAGGUACAGCUUAUAACCUCAGCUAAGUUUUAGGUACCCAAAAAGGGCCUGACUAGAUUUUCCCAAAAAGCCUGGAGAGCUUGGGGCAGGCCUGAAAAAAAAGAUCAGGAACCCACCAGUGACUAGGAGGGACGCUCCACCGUAGCCUCAGACCCGGGCAGGGUAGAAGGAGAGGCCCCUAAAGGGAGGGGCUGCGGCUCAGAGGCUGGUCACUUUUCCUCAGGCUCUUUCUACUUCUGGCUCCUUGCAAGAGGGGCACAUAUUCCCCUCACCCACACAGACCCCGCUCAGGCUCGACCCGUCUCCUGGCUCCGCUCCCAGGAGACAGGGUCUCCACUUCAUGCUUUCUCAAUUAAAGACGAUUUAUACAACGAUG